AACUCUGAAAACUUUCUCUCUCACUCAGGGAUUUUCAAGAGGAAGAGAGAAAGAGACAGAGACAGAAAAAGACGAGAGGAAAGAAGACAGAAAAGAGAAAAAAACUUUCACAGAGAAAAGAGGACAGGGGACAGAAAAGGAUGGUGGUGUCCCUUUUCUCCAUUGUACCAGGACAUGCGGCUCUUUUCGCUCUCUUGCUGCUUGGCAUUGUGGGAUUGUUUCCGGAGGUCUCUCUGGGAUUCCAGAGUGAAGAUGAGGAUUAUCACAUGCAGGAGAUGUUGAGCAGGGAGCGAUAUUACCGCGUUCCUGUCCUGGAGGAGAGCACAGUGGAAGGUCAUGAACUUUCCACACCACCCAUCCACAACAAGCCCAAAACCUCGGGGAAGCAAGCUGGAGGAAAGACAAAGUCAGGGAAAGCUUCAAACAAGAAGGCUGAGAAGACUGCGAACAGCAUCAGUGAAGCAGAUGGACAUUACAGGUCCGAGAGAGUGGAUUGCCCUCCUCUUGGUCUGGAGACUCUGAAAAUUGAUGACUUCCAGCUUCAUGCCUCCAGCAUGCAGCGGUAUGGUCUGGGAGCUCACAGAGGACGACUCAAUAUCCAGGCUGGUUUGUACGAGGACGAUCUGUAUGACGGAGCAUGGUGUGCAGGCAGGAACGACCCGCUGCAGUGGCUUGAGAUCGAUGCCCGGAGACUCACAAAAUUUACUGGAGUCAUAACACAGGGCAGGAGUUCACACUGGUCGAGCGAUUGGGUGACGUCGUAUCGCGUGUUGGUCAGCAAUGAUUCACACACCUGGGUGACGCUGAAGAAUGGCUCCAGAGACAUGCUGUUCAUUGGCAAUAAGGAAAAGGAGCUCCCCGUACUGAACAAAUUCCCCAAGCCUGUGGUGGCGCGCUACAUCCGGAUCAACCCACGCUCCUGGUACAGUCAUGGCAGCAUCUGUAUGAGGGCAGAGGUACUCGGAUGCCCCUUACCAGAUCCGAAUAAUUAUUACCACCGCCGCAAUGAAAUCACCACCACAGACCAGCUGGACUUCAGACACCACAGCUACAAGGAGAUGAGGCAGUUAAUGAAGGUGGUGAAUGAAAUGUGUCCGAAUAUCACUCGCAUUUAUAACAUUGGGAAGAGCUACAACGGGCAGAAACUCUACGCUAUAGAGAUAACAGAUAAUCCAGGAGAACAUGAGCUGGGUGAGCCAGAGUUUCGCUACACAGCGGGUUCCCAUGGUAACGAGGUGCUGGGGCGUGAACUUCUCCUCCUGUUAAUGCAGUUCUUAUGUGUGGAGUAUCGCUCUGGAAACCAAAGGAUAAGGCGCCUGGUUCAUGAGACACGCAUCCAUCUACUGCCAUCGGUCAACCCAGAUGGAUACGACAAGGCCGCACAGGCAGGCUCUGAGCUGAGUGGAUGGUCUUUGGGUCGAUGGAGUCAGGACGGCUUGGAUAUCCACCAUAACUUCCCUGACCUGAACAAAAUUCUGUGGGAAGCCGAGUCUCGGAAAUGGGUUCCUCGUAGGUUCCACAACCACCACAUCCCCAUUCCUGAGUGGUACCAGUCCAAAAAUGCCACGGUUGCCAUGGAGACACGGGCACUGCUAGGAUGGAUGGACAAGAUCCCCUUCGUCUUAGGGGGUAAUCUUCAAGGAGGCGAGUUGGUAGUGACCUUCCCUUAUGACCGGACUCAAAUCCCAGGAGUUUUGAAGGGGGUCACGCCCACUCCGGAUGACCUGGUGUUCCGCUGGCUGGCGUUCUCAUACGCCUCCACACACCGGCUGAUGACAGCCCCGACACGGAGGGUGUGUCACACACACGACUUCGCCAAAGAGGACGGCACCAUCAAUGGGGCAUCCUGGCACACGGCUGCAGGAAGUAUGAAUGAUUUCAGCUACCUCCACACCAACUGCUUCGAGUUGUCUAUGUACGUGGGCUGUGACAAGUUUCCUCACAAGAGCGAGCUGCCCGAGGAGUGGGAGAACAACCGCGAGUCUUUGCUCGUGUUCAUGGAGCAGGUGCAUCGGGGUAUUAAGGGGGUGGUGAGGGACAUGCAGGGGAAAGGCAUCGCCAAUGCCAUCGUCAGUGUGGAGGGCAUCAACCAUGACGUCCGCACAGCCGGUGAUGGAGAUUACUGGCGUUUGCUGAACCCGGGCGAGUACACCGUGACGGUGCGAGCUGAAGGCUACAGCCUCGCCCGUAAAGUGUGUGAAGUCGGCUACGACAUGGGAGCCACGCACUGCAACUUCAGACUCGCUCGCUCCAACCUGUCACGCAUCAAAGAAAUCAUGGAGAAGUUCAACAAGCAGCCGAUCAACAUACAGCGACCUCAACAGAGACGCCUGGGGACAUAGAGGACACUGUGUAAGGGACUGAAAGAGAAACCAGGUGUGUGCUGGACAUUCUGGACGAAAAAAAAUAUAUCACAUAAUCAAAUAGAGAACUGGGUAAAGGAUGGAGAUAGAGGAUACACAUGAGCUGCUUGGUUCUGUACAAAAUAGAUUUUUUUUUAAUUUCAGGCUGUAAAUGCACUUCAGUGUGCUUCAGAAAGAGCAAAGUGUCCAUUUUAUCAUGACACAAGUGUUUUAUUCAGAAUUAAUAUAAUUACAGAGUGCAUGAACAGAGAUAUUAGAGAAUUAUAAACACCAGAAC